CUACGGUCCUAUCAAGGCAGCAUUAUAGGUCGUUGGUGCACUGCUGUGAACGUUCUGGAGAGAUCGGCAGCGAUAUUCGAUGUCCCGGCGCUUCUUCCUGAGGAGCGGCUACGUGGCGCUGUCGGCCUUACCCGUGGGUGUGCUGAUCAACGACAGAGUAUGCUCCAUCGCACGGGUCAGCGGUGAAUCUUGCGGCAAGCCAUUCGAAGGCAUAUCACAUGCUGUGCUGCAAUGUGUGUGCUUCCUUCCUGCAGGUGGAAGGUGACAGCAUGCAGCCGACUCUGAACCCCAUCGGUCCCCCUCCCCCUCACGCCAGCACUCCCCCCGCCCCCCGCCCCCUCCCCUUCAUCUCGCGAGGCCUCCACAGGGACGUCACUCACGCAGAGGCGGAGCCACAGCAAGACGGACCACUUCCAGACGCCUCACAGGCCGCCCCUGUGCGUGAGUACGUGUUUGUGGUCAAGAAUGUCGACUUUCGCAAGGGUGAUGUGGUCGUCAUGCGGGACCCCGAGGUGGGCGGUGACCCCCGAUGGUCGCUGCGGAGCCGGCGGGUGAUGAAGCGGAUAGUGGGGAUGCAGAAUGAUACGGUGUGCGUGCGGAAGGACGAGAGGGAGGAGUUCCCGCCAAUCGUCAUCGUGCCCACGGGCAAAUGCUGGUGGGUGAGAUAGAUGGAUGGAUGGAUGGAUGGAUGGACGGCAUGUAUGUGGCAUCACAUACAUGUGAGUACCUUGUACACUGCGUGUGUGUGCUGCUGCAGGGUGCAGGGCGACAACCCGGCGCACUCAGUCGACAGCCGACAUUAUGGAGCGGUGCGUUUGACUAAGAGCAGGGAGGGAGGGAUAGAAGCGAAUUGUCAGCUGGUCUUAUGCUGUCUGUCUGUGUGAAGGUGCCCCUGGGUCUGGUGGAGGCGCUGGUGUUGGCUGUAGUGUGGCCCCCAUCCCGGUGGCGGCAAGUCGAUCACGGCACGCCACCCUCAUUGACCACACCCACACAGCCUAUCGGGGCGUGAACCGAUUUGGUUUGUUUUCCCCCUUGUCAGUCAUGUCGACACCUGUACAGUACAGUACGUUGUGUUUGCGAGAGAGCGGUCUGUGAGAUGGAUGAGCG